CAAGGGUAGGGAGGCCUGCAGCUCAUCAGCUAUUCACCUUCAAAGGUAGGGAGGCCUGCAGCUCAUCAGCUAUUCACCUUCAAAGGUAGGGAGGCCUGCAGCUCAUCAGUUAAUUCCCAUCAGUCACAACAAUAUCUUUCACUAGACCUUAAUCUGCUCUCUUUGCUGUAUGAGUUCCUCUCAGUUAUUCCAUUUUUAAAACCUUUAAACCUUUAAUGGCCUCCAAUUCAUGGUUAACUUGUGCUGAACCUAGCAUCUCCAGCCAGUCACAGUAACACAACAUCUUUGUUUCCUUCUGAACCCUCAUUUUAUAUCUAUAUCAGUUUGAUUGUUGAUGUUUAGUACAUCUGUACAGUCUACGGUCAUUCUAUAUAUCCAUACUGGUAAGCAGCAGUUGGUAUAGGAACUUGCAAGACUGGCCUGGGUAAGCUCACUGGUUUUUUAAGAGUAGUGCCGCCCGUCCUCAUGCAGUCCUUCAGUGACUUGGGUUUAAAUAACGUCAACCAGACAAUCACAUUUUGAUUCUUUGCGACGGACCCUAUGUUAUGACAAGAUAUAUAAAUGCUAUAAACUGCAUAAACGUGCAGUUCAGGGAGCCUCAAAAUAGGUACGGCUCCUACACGAUGACCUACAAGGUGCUUUCUGUAGCACACAUGUGAUGGUACAAUACAUUUAACAUAGACAUAGAGCAGUUCCACAGCCUCAGUGUGCCCUAAGGCACAACUCUGCCGACAGAGUGGGGAAGAGCAGCCCUCCGACAGGGCAGCAGGACCUGCCCAGGAUUCCCGCUCCUUCUGUGACAGCCCUGCUCUGUUCCACGUCAAGCUGCUGCCGUCAGCUUGAGGCGCCCAGGGGAUCGAAUUCCCUCAUGUACUCCUGCUUCAGUCUGGCCUCCAUAAUCCAGGACAGAUGCCUGCCAUGCAUUUCCAUCCUCGGCACUGCUGCAUGAAAUCAAGACCAUGCCUUUUCUAGAAGAGAUCGCAGACUGUCCGUAGCCAGUGGCAACAGCGGUGAAUUUUGUCAUGCCUUUCAAGAAGUCUUUAUGGCAGCUUUUAACAGUCAGAAUGUGGGUGUUCAAAACAGACACUGAUUGGCCUUUCUUUUUAAUAAGAGAGUCCAUCUGGAGAAUGAAAAUGCACAAAUUAUUUUACUGUGAUUUACUGCUAUCAGGGAAUUAUUGAAACAGACAAUAUAUCAAUGAAGAUUACAGUCUACUUUUGUAUUUAGGUUUGCCUCAACAUAUUUCAUUUGGCUUUAUUGUUUAUGUUUCUACAUUAUAUUAUUUCUUUGUAGGUUUUUCCCCGUUUUUCUGUGUACAGAGGCCUUGGCACAUAGCGAGGGACAGGAGAUCCCUCUGUUUUUUCAUGUACUACAAACCCUCUGAAAAGAAUCCAAACCAUUUCCUCUUAUAUGCACAGAGUCAGGGCAGUCAGUGAAUCUAAAAUGACUUGCAGGUGGGAAUAAUGGCUGUCCAUUCUACCUUACACGUUGCCUUUCAUUUAGGCCAAGAACAGGCUGUGAGACACUAAAUAAAUCGCACCGUGAAUGCAUUCUGAUUAUCUUUGUUUCUUUUCAGAUGGGCACAAACGCAAGAAGUCACUGCGAAGGAAGUUGGAUUCAUUAGCAAAAGAGAAGAACAAAGAUAAAGAGUUUGUGCCACAGGCUUUUGGCAUGCCGCUGUCACAGGUGAUCGCCAAUGACCGCACACACAAGCAGCGGCAGGACACCCACAAGGACGAGCACCGUGACGUCAGCGACCUGGUGUCCUCCAUCCUGCAGUUUGCCACCAAGCGACCUAACAAAGAGCUGUCCAGCAGCAACUCGUCUGUCAGUUCUUCCUCAGAGACACCUAACGAGUCCACCUCACCCAACACUCCCGAAGCAGCACCCCGGACCCGCAGGCGGGGCGCGAUGUCUGUGGAUUCCAUCACUGAUCUGGAUGACAGUCAGUCCCGCCUCCUGGAGGCCCUGCAGCUCUCGCUGCCGGCCGAGGGGCCCAGCAGGAAGGAGAAGCAUCGUGACAAGAAACUCAGCCUGAACCCCAUCUACAGACAGGUGCCGCGGCUGGUGGACAGCUGUUGUCAGCAUCUGGAGAAAUAUGGUCUCCAAACUGUUGGAAUUUUCCGGGUUGGAAGUUCUAAGAAAAGAGUGAGGCAGCUGCGAGAGGAGUUUGACCGGGGCAUGGAUGUUCUUCUUGACGAGGAGCACAGCAUACAUGAUGUUGCAGCUCUGCUGAAAGAGUUCCUGAGGGACAUGCCUGACCCUCUGCUGACCAAAGAGCUGUACACUGCCUUCAUCAACACCAUGUUGCUGGACCCUGAGGAGCAGCAGAGUGCCCUGCAGCUCCUCAUCUACCUGCUGCCUCCCUGUAACUGCGACACCCUCCACCGGCUACUGCACUUCCUGUCCACAGUGGCUGCACAUGCGGAUGACGUGCAUGACAAAGACGGACAGGAGAUAACUGGGAACAAGAUGACAUCGCUGAACUUGGCCACCAUCUUUGGACCUAACCUCCUGCACAAGCAGAAGAGCUCCGACAAAGAGUUUUCUGUGCAGAGUUCUGCCCGAGCAGAGGAGAGCGCAGCCAUCAUUGCCGUAGUCCAGAGGAUGAUUGCCACUUAUGAAAUUCUCUUCAUGGUUCCUCCAGACCUACAGAACGAGGUUCUGAUGAGCCUUUUGGAGACAGACCCUGAUGUGGUUGACUACCUCCUCCGCAGGAAGGCCUCGCAGUGGUCUCACCCAGACCCUUUCUCCAUGAGUGAGAGGCACUCAUCCAGUGAUUCCAACAAGGCCUCCAGUGGCGAGGUGUCCCCGUACGACAACAAUUCGCCGGUGCUGGCUGAGCGCCCACUCACCCAGCAUCAGGGAGAAGACAUCCCCGGCCCAGAGCAGCUCUUCCCGAGCCAAAUGCAGUACCCAGCACAGCUCGCCUUCAAGGCCCCAUCCAAGAAACCUGGUCUGGCUCAGUGGGACGUCAAGGGGUUACAUGGGAACAUGUCUGACAUUGUCUCACUGGAGCAGCUUGACAAUUGUCAGGACAAUGUAAAACAAACUGUCCUGCAGACACAAGCUGCCUUGGGAUUGCCUCAGUGCAGGCCACACCUUCCGGAUCAGUGCAGGCCACACCUUCCGGAUCAGUGCAGGCCACACCCUCCGGCGAUGCCGAUGUGCAGCAACCCACAAGAUGAGCCAGGCCCACAACCGUUGCCUGGCCAACCAGCAGCCACUCUGCCGGACGACCAGUCAGUGUGCAGCUGCAUGGAGGGACUGCCAACCAGAAGCCACAAGGGCUGUGAUCCUCCCAGAUCCACUGUACAGCAACCUGGGUCUUCUUCCCCAUGUGGGAGUGCGAGCCCUGUCCCCCCCAGGGCAUCUCCCCAGCACUCUGCCCCAGCCCUGGAUGCUAACGGACCAGCUGGCCUCGAAUGGCAGCACUGGCAGAGAGAAAGGUGGCAAAUCUGGCAGCUGUUAUCUUCGGACAAUGCGGACACUCUACCAGAGACGCUUGUCUAGUGCCAGCUCAGCUCCAGCUGCCGAUUUGCUGAGCAAACAGCGCCCCCUUCUGUCCAUAUGAUGUAUGCGCUGCUGCUGUCGACAAGUGUGCAAAUGUAUGUUUGUGUCUGCUUGUCUGUUACUCUGAAUUGAUUCAUGUUGUAUCAUUUCUUUUUUCACCUUUUUUGUUCAAUGGGUGUAUUUCCGUACUUCUUGCAUUGUGUUUUUGAGACACCUCAGGCAAGCCACAAGAGAAGAUGUGAACAGACUUAAAUUUAAACACAAAAGUAUACCUAUUAAAUUAUUAUGCAGUAAAAUAAAUAUCUAUUCCAUAACUGUAAGUGAUCAUAUAUCAUUGGGUAACAAGUUAGCAUGGAAUGGCUUUAAAGAUUAGGGAUGAGGAUGCCAUUCAAUCCAUGGUUUGUAAGACUGAAACAUAAUGAUUCAUAAUCAAAGUUAUUACACAUCACUUAUACCGCAGUAAAAUUAUAAGUGUGUAUGGAGGUUAGCGUCAAGUUAUUUGUUCUAAAAUACUGAACUGGUUACGAUAUUUUCGGUAGAUUCAUCCAUUGAUGUUUAUAUUAAGGAACUAACAUCCGCUUUUGUGAGUGCUUGUGUUAUUUCAUUUCAGUUUGCUCUAAAAUACUAAUUUCAUUUAAAUGAAAGUCAGUUAUUUUCAUAAAGUUCCAACAAGUGUUGUUUAUUAUUAUUAUUUUUGUAUUUUUUAAUGCUGAAUGUACAUCUAAGGUCCUCAUAGUAUUUGGACUAAUUGAAAUCUUUCAGUUUUUAUAGACUUUCAGAAAUGCCUUUUUAUACAUUGUUCACAUACAGCCAUUGAAACAUGCUUUGUUUUUUAAAUACUAAAUGCCCACACAAUUUAUGUGCCAAAUUAACAUAUUUCUGAAGAGUAUUUAUUUAGACUAACUUUGACAAAGCAAGUAUUUUAAUUCUAUUUGUUUCAUUUUACCACCUAUAUUUUUCAUAUUUCCUAAGGAAACGGCAUUCGUUGUAUUUUUUUUUAAUGAUUUAUGAUUUUUGAAUCCUUAUCAUUUGAAAAACCAGAUUAUGUCAGGUUAUAUUUAUGAUCUUCAUCUAUGUUCAAUGGCUGUUGUAUUCUCUUUGUAUUUAUGUCAUAUUAAUGUUUAUGUUUUACCAAUAAUAAUAAAAAAACCUCUGGAAUAAUUUCUUUAUAUGUAAACAAGCAAACAAACAAAGGCAUUUCAGCAUGGUUUGAAGAUAUUGGAAAUCAGUGAAACAGAUCCUGUUUGGUUAUAAUGGGAAGUUUAAGAGCAGUAUGCUUUAACACGUGUUCUAGAAAAGUGAAAGUCUACAGGAAAGCCCACUAUUAAGUUACAUGGGUUGCCAAAGUACUCACUGUGUGAAUAAUUACAUUUCCUAAUAAUUUCUCCGUUGUGUUUGCUUGUCUGUUUUUUAGGUGACAAUGCUGUUCGUUUUGGUGACUUUGCAGUUCUGUUGGACAGCUUGCUUUACAUUUAUGUUCUCCCUGCGCCUUGGUCGGUCCCCAGCGAUUCUCUUCAUAGCAGCAUUUCAUGAUGUUUUUUUUUAAUCAGUCUUUGGUACUUUGCCUGUGCAGGUUUAUAUUUCAGUGCAUUAUUUUGGGAUUGUCAUUUUCUCCAUGAUAUCAUGCUUGAUCUUCUUUUCCUAUGCAGCAGAUCUUUUCACUGCAUCUGCAUAAACAUUUUACAGUAUGUGCUUCAAAAUUACUCACAUUAAGGCAUGUAUGGCUCAGUAGUCAGAAAUCAUCUAUACAUCUGUAAAAAUAAUAAUGUGACUAAAAGGGUUUCUUUUUAAACAUAAUGAAAUAGGAACUAAAUGAAUUAUUGGUCAUUCUGGGAAUCUGCAAUUUUAUUCACAACCCUGUUGAUCCAAUACUUUUCCUGUUGGUAUACGUUGUAUACUUUUGCAGGUCAUAACAGCUUUGCUUUGACUUACUGUAUUUGCUUUUUCACAAAGUAAAUAUAACUUGUGGAUAUCUCAA